CACGAUUCAAAAUAUAUUUUCCCAGUAUCUGUUUAAAAACACAACCAUAGGUUUUACCAUAUCUAACCCAGAAACAUUUUGGUCUGGCAUGUAAGCGAACAGCUGUGCAGUGAGGUCCUGACGGAGACUGCAGGAGAAGAUGACUGUUCAUAAUCUGUACAUAUUUGACCGUAACGGGAGCUGCUUGUUUUAUUAUGAGUGGAACCGGAAGAAACAGGCAGGGAUCUCUAAGGAUGAGGAGUUUAAGCUGAUGUACGGCAUGUUGUUCUCCAUCAGAUCUUUUGUCAGCAAGAUGUCUCCUCAGGACAUGAAGGACGGCUUCCUGUCCUUCCAGACCAGUAAGUAUCGCCUCCAUUAUUACGAGACGCCAAGCGGACUGAAGUUUGUGAUGAACACAGAUCUGUCAGUGAGCAACGCCAGAGACACCCUGCAGCACAUAUACAGCAACCUGUACGUGGAGCUGGUCGUGAAGAACCCCCUGUGUUCGUCCUCCCAGACGCUGGACAGCGAGCUGUUCGGCACCAGACUGGACUCCUUCAUCAGAUCUCUGCCGUACUACAGCCCCCGAGCCGCCUGAAUGCACCACACAGUACUGAUCCAAAAGUCCUAAUUCGGUUCUUAGAGUCCUUCAGUCCAGAUCCUCAAUCAUUCCAAGGUCAGAGAUAAAAAUGGUCGUUUGGAAAUGGACUGGGUAAAAAAUUGUACAAAGUCCAAAGAAAACCGCUUUUAGAACUUCAGAAAGUCUGGAGUGCUGUUGAUCUGCACUGGGUCAGAGGAAGGAGGAGGACUGGAUCAGAAGAACUGGAUCAGAACUUAGGAUCAGGGUUCUAUUUAUUGAGUUAUUUUGGUAUUUUCAGCAGAACUCUAUCUGUGUUUAAUAAAACUAACUUUGGAUCAGU